GAGACAAAGAAGUUAGAAAACUGUGAGGAUUAUUAGAACAUUUAUUCACCUUAUUGUUAUCAUUGAUAGGUGAGCAGUAGUGCACUAUAAAGUGACGAUUCGUAGUUUUUUAUUAGUAGCGGCAAUCAAUUUGAUCAAAGGACUAGAAUUGCGUUGUACGCUAAGUACCUGGACGUGCCUAAUUCAGUGGUGUAUGAUCACUUAGAAAGACUUCAGAGAGUUUGGAUGCGUAAUACACAUCUCUGACUCACCAGUCUUGAAGUUAUGCAACACCUCGUCACCCAAAAAUAGCUACGCUUACAUUAAAUAAACACUACUUAAGAUUUGUUUCAAAACUAGAUAACACACUGUUCAAGUCUUCAUCUUCAAAUAGAUAUGAACAAAAUAUUCAAAUGUUCGGAAAACCCGAAGAGUGAGAAAAUUAUCGAACACUCUAAACAGAUAGCAGCAGAAUUCUGCGAAAGAACACCGAUUCAUGGAGUUAAGCACUUCACAGAUAAAGAUGUACUACUUGUGGAACGCUUCGAUCACCAGGCAGCCUCGAUCUACACGAUACCAUUUCCGGCCAUCACAAUUUGCCCGGAGACGAAGGUUAAGUCAUCGGAAUUAAACGUGAGCCAUACCUUCCAGUUGGCUCAAAGAGGACAACUAAACGAAACCAUUGAUCGGGAACGUGUACGAAAACUGCUUGCAAUACUGCAGCUGUGUGAACAUGAUUUGUAUGAUCGAAGCAAAGCAUCAACUUCCGACGACGACAUUCUUCUGCUGCUCCGGAAAAUGGCUAUUCCACCGUUCGAAGUGUUCAGCUCAUGUUAUUGGAAGGGUCAACGAAUGGAGUGUUUGGAUCUGUUCAAAACAUCUCUCACGGACAAGGGAUACUGCUACACCUUCAAUACGUUAGCAAACGAUGAUAUAUUGCGAACCGAACAAUUGGAUUCCAGAUAUGCGUUUAACUCGGAAACUCGAGCCUCCAACUGGUCCCUAGACAGCGGCUACUCGGAAGGCGUUGGGCCAAACGUGUUCCCACACCGAACCAUAACGGGAGGAUAUCACGGAGGCCUGACAGUGACGCUUCUCGUCAAUAGAAGUGAUGUAGAUUAUUUUUGUGGAAAUACUUUUCAAGGCUUCAAGAUAUUCCUUCAUAUGCCGAACGAGUUUCCCCAGGCGCACCGCUUUUUUCGCGUUCCAAUGAACCACGAGUUAAUCGUAACCACCAGUCCCCAAGUAAUGACAAUCGAACGACGAGCGAAGCAAUAUCAACCGGAAAUCAGACAGUGUUACUACACCAACGAGCGCCAUCUACGCUUCUACCGAAUCUACACCAAACAGAACUGUGAGAUCGAAUGUCUGGCGAACCACACCUUGAAUCUGUGUGGUUGUGUUCGAUUUUCAAUGCCACGACCUUCUGGUGUACCAAUCUGUAGUCUCCGGGACAACCCGUGCUACCGUCGGGCCUUUCUUUCGGUACUAAAGCUCGAGUCGAAGGCUGUAGAGGAGGAGGACAAUAAAAAUCUUCCUACCGGAUACUGCAACUGUUUGCCGACGUGUAACAAUAUCGAGUAUCAUCCUCAAGUCUCGCAGGCCUACUGGGACUGGCAAAAAAACUACCUCCAAGAAAUGUCUCAGUCUGAAGACGUUCAUCAAUCCAGAAUAGUAUUCCACUUCAAACAGGAUAACUUCAUCCCACUCAAACGAAGUGAAAUCAACGGGCUCAGCGAUAUGAUUGCGAGUUGUGGUGGUUUGUUGGGACUUUUCAUGGGAGUUAGCAUACUGAGUUUAGUGGAAAUGCUUUACUAUUGUACCUUGAGGCCAUAUGUCGUUUGGAGGAAGUCAAAACAACCAGCAGUUACCGAAGUAGAAUGUCACUGUCAAUGUACACACGAAGUGCGGAAACAGAGAUUAUUCUGA